AUGUGCAGUAGGAAAGUGAUACCGAGAGAGGCGGUCUUGAUGAAGAUUAGAGCCGAUGUGGAUGCAAGAAGAGAGAGCACUACUAUAACUGGUUUAAUUGUUAGCUUCCAGAAGAAUUCACUUCAACACUUCAAGAAGCCUUCUGCUCACAAACAUGAGCCUGUUAAUAGUCUGCAAGAGGCAGUCAAGGUGUUUAUGAUCAAGCCAACAAUUAUGAUUAGAUCAUCAAGAAUGGGAAUAACAUUUACAAAGGAAGUAAUUGAGGCUAUGGAUUCAAACAAUGAUGUAAAACCUUGUGUUUUGGCUCUCUCUAGUCCCUUCUCACACUCUAAGUGUAUAGUUGAAGAAGCUUACCAAUGGAGUGAGGGUCGCACAAUUUUUGCUAGUGGGAGUCCAUUUGGUCCUAUUGAAUACAAUGGCAAAGUUUAUACUUCUAGCCAAGAAACCAAUGCUUACAUUUUCCCUAGCUUUGGUUUGGGUUUAGUAAUGCCAAGAGCAUUUAUAGCACAUGAUGAUAUGCUUCUAACAGCUUGUAAGUAA